AUGCCGCCUGUACGAGAUGAUUUGCCGGAUUUUCGCGAAGCUUUCAAUCUGUUCGAUGAUCGUGGCGAUGAUAAAAUUCCGAAACACUUAUUUGGUGAAGUCGUUCGAGCACUGGGAUUGAACCCGACUGAAGGACAAAUCAAAAGUACAACACAAAACUUGAAAACCGAUCGCAUCUCAUUCGAAGAAUUCUUACCAUUAUACGAUUCAUUAGCAAAGAAGAAGGACAAUAGCAUGAACGAAGGCGAACUUAUCGAAGGCUUGAAAGUGUUCGAUAAAGAACAAAAUGGUCAUAUUUCAUCAGCUGAACUUCGUCAUUUAUUAACUAAUCUAGGUGAACGAUUGACAGAUGAAGAAGUUGAACAAUUACUUAUCGGCCUCGAAGACAAAAAUGGUCUCAUACAUUAUGAAGAAUGGAUGUUACUUGAUUCGAAAUACUUACCGUUCUGUGUUCGCUUGCGAACCGAGAGAAUCCUUUUGUCUAAAAUUCGAUACUUCGAUGUGAUCAUUCUCAUUCCCAAUGUCGUUUUUCUCUUAUUCUUAAUCAUUAAAUGGAUUCGAACACGAACUAAACUCAAUAUUCAUAAACCAUUACUAUUCAGUGUUACUUGUUUACUUGUUUUGAUUACAAUAAGUAACCUAAUGCGAUGCGUAUUUGUAAUGAUAUUUCCCGAGCAAGCGUUUUCUGUGCAGGAAAUUCUCGCGAAAAUUCUCUGGCUAUUGGUUCAAUUGGCAGUUCUAUGGACGGAACUGAGUAUUCUUUUCUUCGGGCUUUGUUUUGGAUCGUUGAAUUCAAUGAAAACGAUGAAAAUCUUGCUCUUUUCGUUUAUUCUCACUUCGAUAUUCAUAUCUAUUCAAGCUUUGUUAGAAUUUCGUAACGAUACCCGACCGAUACGAUUUCAGACGGGAAGUUAUAAUCUUUAUUCACAUGGUGGAAUGCGAUUUUUUCUCAUAUCGAGUUCGACAUCCUUAAUGAUCUACUUUCUUCUCUUGAUUUUAUCAUGUCUACGUCGGCAUCGUCAAAAUUAUUUGCCAGUUCGUCGCUCGUUUUAUAUCUAUUGCUUUAUUUUGGCUUUAAUUAAUCUCAUUCAAAUUGUUGGAGCAACAUUGAACUUAACUGAGACAACCAUCUAUAGCAUGUGUAUCGUCGAAGGUACAACUUGUAUAUUCUAUACAUGUUUUGCUCCAUUUGUUUACUAUCAAUUUCUCCGUCGAAUGUUAAGUUCCCAAGUACGUAUUCCUCAAAUAAUGUAUGCCGAUACAACGUUAGUAAAUCCCGAUGAUGAAGAUGAUAAACUAAUCGAUACGAAUCCAUUAAUAUCGAAUUCAACGGACGAAAGACUGGAUGGGCAAUUCGAAGAUAUCUCAUCUUCAACAAACAUAAUCCAGCCGGUUUUGUAA